AUGGUGAAGGUUUCUGAGAGCGAGCUGAGUGAUAAGGGGUUGGAGGAAUUCCUGUCGGACGACAGUGAUGACGGAAAUGAAGAAUUGCUGAACAAGAAAUAUGCGGAGAAAGAAGCCCUAAUCACUUUGGAAACCAAGUUCCCCAAAAUCGUAACCAUAUUGGGGAUUCCAAAGGUGGAGGAAGAGAAGCACAGCAGGUUGGCUGAGGUGUUGAAGAAAUUGUUCAUAAGGCAUUUGAAUGCCAAAAUAAGUGACUCUUCCUUAUUGAAUAUAAAAAUAUAUAUGCCCGUGGAUGAUGAAAAAAAGACGAAAGGAAUAUGCUUUGUAACUUUUAAUGAUAGUUUCCAGGCGAAUGAAGCAGUGAAGAUUUUGAACAAGCUAAAGCUGGAUGCUAAGCACGUAUUAACAGCUUCCAAAAUGGACGAUAUAGAAAAUAUUAUAAACCGAGAUGAACAUGUCAUGCCAAUUAACGUGGUCGGAUUUACAAGAGAAAAAAUUCGAUGGUGGUUAUAUGAUGAAAGGUGCAGAGAGCAGUUCAUUGUGAGGUACGAUUCUCACUUUGAAGUACAUUGGUUUGAUCCUCUAGAAAAGGAACCACAACUCAUUUAUACAACUUAUAAAAAGAGUGCGCCAUUUUCCAGUGUGCAGUGGAGUAACCAAGGAUCUUACUUAGUUAGUUUCCACAACCCUGGUAUAGCUCUGUGGGGUGGAGACAAUUUUGAAAAACUUAUUCGUUUACAACAUAAGAGUGUGAAGGAGAUUAGUUUUUCACCGAAUGAGAAUUAUGUGCUGACAUGGGAUGGUACGCCUGCUUCACUUAGAAAUGAAAAGUCCAUAUGUAUUUGGCGAGUCAUAACAGGCAAGUUAUUGCGUUCUUUUAUUACGCCUGAAUUUAGUGCUAGGGAUAAAAGCUAUAAUUACUUUUUGUGGAGUCCUGAUGAUAAAUAUAUUGCUUGUAUAGGAAAACAGAAAGAGGUGUAUGUGUAUGAAUUGCCAAGUAUGUUGUUGAUGGAAGACCAUGAAAAGAAGAGGACUCCUCUUAAAUAUACAUUCGUUAAAGAAUUUGACUGGUCCCCUGUUGAUAAUAUUGUAUCUAUAUGGAUCCCAGGAUCGAAGACCACUCCAGGCACAUUAAUCCUUGUUGAUAUUCCUUCAAGAAAGGAACUUGUUUCAAGGAAAAUAUAUGACGUGGUCCAUGCAUCCAUUCACUGGCAAAGUAAAGGAGAUUACUUGUGUCUUAAAACUACUAUUGAAAAGAAGAUCAGCAAAAAGAGCAAGAAGGAAUUUACUCAGUUAGAAAUUUUCCGUAUAAGAGAAAAGAACAUCCCUGUUGACAAUAUCCAAAUUGAGGGAAUAAAAACGAAGCAGUUCCACUGGGAAGAAUCUAAUAGCAAUCGAUUUGCUUUAAUCGUGAGGGAUGAAGCCACGAGCAGACAGCAAAUAAGAUUUUACAAAAUUGAGAACAAAGGAACAGCUAGAAAUACAAAAUGGACAAGCACAUUUGAUAUAAACAGCCAAAUGAAUUUUAUGCGUUGGUCACCUCAGGGAUCUUAUUUCAUCCUAGCAUCAUUAGGAUCGGAAGGUCUUUUAUACUUUUGCUGUUUGAAUGCAAAUGAUGAGGUGGAAGUUAUACACAAGGAUGAACAUCUAUUGGCAAACUCCGUUUCAUGGAGUAACUGUGGAAGGUAUUUGGUUACUUCCGUUUCUAGUAUGGCCAAUGCAGCUAGCUCCUCAAACUACAAAGAUGAAAACAGCGAGACGGGAUUUUUCAUAUGGUCUUUCCAAGGCAGGUGCCUAAUGACCAUUAAGAAGCCUUCAUUCUUUCAGUUCUUUUUUAGACCUCACCCCAAGUCCCUCUUCAGUGACAAGCAAAAAUUAGAAAUAAAAAAUAACUUGAAGGAUUACUCUAAGAAGUUCGAUGUCAUGGACGAGAAGGUUAGGCAAGCUAAACGCAAUCAACUCAUAUCGGACCGCAAAACAGUGGAGGCGUCAUUUAACGAGAGGAUUGAAAAGGUUACUGAGCUGUUCCACUCCUUCAAGGAAUAUGAGGAGUUCAAGAAGAACUGGGAGCAGUUCGAGAGCCAAUUCGAGUGGGAGGAGAAGACCGUAGUCAUUGAACAUGUCCUCUCCGUCAAACAAGAAAUAUUCGCAUAA